GAGUUCACUGAAGAAGAAAGAGCUGGUUUGGCAAAACAUAAUGAUUAUCGCCAAAUACACGAGGCUCCACCAAUGAAACUCAAUAGAGAGAUGUGUGACCAGGCUAAGGCCUACGCUGAGAGACUUGCUGCAAAGGGGACACUGCAGCAUUCGCCUAAGAGUGAGAGAAGUGGACAAGGAGAGAACCUUUCCAUGGGAUGCUCCACCAGAGGUCCACAGUCCAUGGAAACGGCUGUUACAAACUGGUGAGAGAUAAGCCCUAAGAGCGAUCAGCAUCAAAAUUCUCCUUGUGCUAUUAAUGUUUUAUAAAACAGAUCGGUGACGAGAAUGAAGGAAAUGAUCACAAUAGAUGAAUCUGGUUGAUUCCUCCAACCUUCUAUAGGAAACAUAUGUGGACAACAGAGGAUGUAAAUGCCUCAUUGAAUUCGACUUCACUGCCAUCCAAGUCCCAUUAGCUCCCUCGUCCUUCCUCCUUAUCUUCCCUUUUGCCAUCUUCCUAUUUUACAUGAGGAUCGCAAUGGGGUUAACCGUCUGCCGUCAAACGGCCUGAAAUUUUAAACUUCAGCCGUAGAAAAAGGUGAUUUUGUACAGUCAACCGUCAAAAAUGUAGAGUAAUAUUAACCGUCAAAAAAGUUUCAAGGUCAGUUUCAAAUCUCACCAUUUCAGCUGAUCUUCACGGCGUUCUGGCUCCUGAAGAAUUUCUAAACUUGAAAAACAAAUUCCUAUGUUCUCAAACAUUAACAGAUGUUAAAACUUGUGAUUAUAUUUCGAAAUUUUAUGAGUAAAAGGCCAUAACUCUCUUAAAAGGUCUACUAUUCAACCGUCAAAAUUGGAAAAAAUAACUGUCAAAGCUACUGCCCCAUUGAGACCCUCUUUUCUGGCCUGCGUGGUAAUUUCCGAUACCCGGGUAUUGAGCACUGACUGGUAGAUCAGCCAGGGCAAUAUGUCUGGACAUUGAAAAGUUCCAGGAAGUGACCAACUUUUUCUCCUUGAGAAAAAUAUAAAAAUUCAGGAAAUUCGGUUAGGCAUAAAUUCCCUUAAUUUUUCUGACUGACAUUACAUCACAAACUUACUUGUCGAUGAGCCUGUCUACGGUGGAACUAAGCAAAGCCCUGCACCUUGCUGUCUCUGUCAUAUUUAUGUUUCUCUUAAUUUUUAUUUUUUAUUUAAACAUACAUAUUUAAACGCGUUUUAGGUACAACGAGGUCUGUGAUCCUGGCUAUAAUUUCGCUAGCGGUGGAUUUUCAUCUGGCACAGGUCACUUCACCCAAGUGGUUUGGAAAGGAAGUACUGAGCUUGGCAUUGGGAGAGCUGAAUCUACCAAAGGAUCAAUGAAAUGUGCCUAUAUUGUGGGCAGAUACAAACCAGCAGGAAACAUGAUGGGUGACUUUCCAGAAAACGUAAAAAAGGGAAGUUUCGACAAAAGUCAUUGUAAUUCUAAUUUUGAUUCACCCUGGGCAAAAUUCGUCCAUCAGAAUAAGGAAGUUCCUUUUAACAGAAAUCGUGUUACUAAGGUCGAUGUUCCAGAAUAUAGUGAUAAUGUGACAUUGAGCUUCUGA